AUGCUUACCUUCUAAAUACAAUACCCUUUGGCUUUUGGUGAGGCGAUGUACAUGUGUGGUAACUUUGAGCAGUUAGGCAAUUGGAAUCCUGUGUAAGCCAAAAGAAUGCAAUGGUGUGAAGGAGACAAUUGGGUGUUAACAGUGGAUAUAGGGGUGGCUGCUGCAGAGGAACAGGAUUUCGAAUACAAAUACUUCUUCGGUGAGUUUGAUAGACCUACAAAUAUUGAGUGGGAAAUGGGACCCAAUCGAAUAGUGAGGACAACUGAAAAUACAAUUAUAACUGAUAUCUGGAAUCACAGGAAGAUUUUAUUUCAGUGUUAUAACCCUAAAAAGUACGCAAUGUUCAUUUCUGGAUCAUCUUACGAUUUAGGAAUGUUCAAGAGAAGAAUCAGCAUGAAACAAAAAGAAGAUAUAUCUUAUUUAAGAAUACUUGUGAAUGUUCUGGAAGAAAAAGAAAUUCGUUAUUAGUUCCAUCUCAUCAACAAGAGACAUUAUACAAGUCCACUCUAGUAAUUGACUCUCCUUACUAAUACAAAUGGCUAUUACAAAAAUUACCUAGUAGUCUUUUGUGAAGGAUUGGAACAAAUUAAGAGAUCAAUUUAUCAAUUAGAUAACCAUAUCUGUUACGGUUAUGUUCCUGCUAAUUAAAACGACUUUAAUUCUCUGAAAAAGGCUAAUCUGAAUACAAUCAUUGAAUUCCAGAAUUCUCAAGGAUUAUCCAGCAAUUCGAUCUAAAAGGAUGACUUUACUUAUUUCACUGUGAACAUUUGCCGUAAUCAAGAUUCUAACUAUCUCUAAAGACUCUACUCGUUCAUCUAACUUUUAAUUCAAAAAUAUAAUAUUAUAUAUAUCUGCAAUAACUCCUUGUCACAUCUCAGAAAAUAUUUACAGGCUUAUCAAAAGAUAAUUAUUUCACAGUGAUUAAUUUACUUCUUUAUUAAUUAUUUUAUCAAAUUAA